AUGAAGAUGCUCAACUUAUUCAACAGAAAGUCUAAAAGCACCUAUGAGGCCAGUGUACGUUCCCCUGUCGACAAACACCUGGAAAAAGAACUCAAGGAGUUUUACACAGCUGCUUCAAAGGGUAAUUUGACAAAGUUGAGGAAGCUUGCUGCCAAGAAAGAUAUUACUCAACUCAACAAGCUGACUAGUGAUGCACUUCAUGUUGCCUGUGCCAGAGGACACGUUGACGUGGUGCAAUUCCUUAUUGAGAGGAAAGCAAAGCUGAAUCAAUGUGACUCUGAAAAUAGAUCUGCCUUAAUGAAGGCAGUGCAGAGUCAGCAUGAGCAAUGUGUGGGCAUGCUGCUGGAAAACCAUGCUGAGCCUAACCUGGUGGAUAACAAAGGCAACACAGCCCUGCACCUGGCAGCAAACAUCCCAUCCGUCCCCAUUGCUUCCUUGCUACUGCACCAUAAGGCUAACAUCAAUGCCCAAAACAAGAAGGGUUUUACACCUCUGAUCGUAGCAGUACGUGAGCAUUAUAUUAAGAUGGCAAACUAUCUCCUCAACAAGAGAGCUGAUGUAAAUGUCAUUGACCAAGAACAAAGGUCCCCAUUAAUGAUAGCUGCUGGCAGAGGACAGAUCGAUAUAUUGGAACUACUCAUGAGGUUUAAUGCUAAUACUGCACUAAAGGAUACCAAAGGAUGGACAGCGUGUGAGUAUGCUGUAAAGAAUGGCAAAGUUAUUAAACAAAGGGCUGCUAGGAAGCCACUUAGCAAAUAUGACCGAGAUAAUGUCCAAAAGACUGAGCUUGGUUUGGCUGACGUUGAUAGUCUUUCUAAGAACACUGAGAAAACUGUGGCCAAUCAGGCUGGAUUAAUUCACCAGGCACAACAGCCUUCAGCCACCAAGAGCUUCAACAUGGCAUCAGUGCAAGUGCAUCUCCCACUCUCACUGAGGGACAAUGGUAACAAACAGGAAGGACAGAUGAAAGAUUCCUCAGAAGAUCAGAUGGCACUUGCUGUUGUGAGCAAACAUGACAGGGAUAAUGACCAAAAGACUGAUCUUGGUUUGGGUGUUCUCGAUGAGCUAUCAGAAUGGGACUCACCCAGUGUCACCAGACAUGAUAGCAAUGGCGAUAUUAAACAGAUGGAGACUGAGAAGCAACUUGGUAUUUUAAGCAAACAGGACAGAGUUAAUGGACAAAAGACUGAUCUUGCCACCAAGAGCCCCAUUGGGGCAUCAGCGUAUGACCAAAAGACUGAGCUUGGUUUGAGUCCUGAAGAUGAGCUAUCAGACUGGGACUCACCCAGUGUCACCAGUCAUGAUGGUAAAGAUGAUACAGACAGAGAUAAUGGACAAAUUACUGAUGUUGAUUUGGGUUUGUAUAAUCUAUUACAGUCAGUAGCCACCAAGAGCUCCAUCAAUGCAUCAGCGCAAUCACAGCUCCCUCUCCAGCUGAGGCACAAUGGUAACAAACAGGAAGGACAGAGUGGAAAAUACCUGAAGAUGGCUGAGAUAGCCAACAGCAACAAUCUGAAAAACCAGGUAAACACCCUGAAAUCUGAGUUAGCUAAGAUAACAACUCUGGCAGUGGCAGAACAUGAGGUUGAGUUUUGCCUGGCACCUCAAACAAACACAAAGAAAUUGCAACAACAAGAGAGACAGGAGCUCCAUCACCUGAGAGACAGAUUCACCCACUCACAGCACUCAAACUGUGAAGAGAGGGUAAAACUGGUGGAGCAGAGAACUAAGGAGCUCACCAGUAAGGCUGCUGCCCUCGAAGACCAGAUCCACAAGUUAAAAGAAGAAAAGAAUGAAACAGACUCUAAAUUUAAGCAACUAGCUGACUCUCUCAGGAAGAUGUCAAUCAAGGAAGCUCUUCUGGAGGUCAACAUACCUGAUUGCAGUGAUCUGGAGAAGGAGACUCAGCUUCUUAAAGACAUAGAUUGGGUUAAAGGAGUGCUAGAAGAGAGUAAAGACCACUAUAUGCAGCCCGAGAGACAAAUAAACAGUCUGAAGAGAAGUCCUGAUGAAAGGGAUAAAAAUCCCCCCAACAAACAGCUAAAGAGUCAGUCUGUGUUAGGGCUCCACCGGGCCCAGAGGGAAAAUGUUCUGUCCAAGCAGCACUCUGGCUGUGAAGAGAAGGUGCAAGUGGUGGAGGAAAGAAAUAAUAAGUGCACCAGUAACGCAUCUGACCUCCAGCACCAGCUCAAACAGUUGGAAGAAGAAAAGAAUGAAACAGAGGCUAAUCUAAGGCAACUGGCUGACUCACUUGAAAAACUGUUGACUAGUGAAACGUCACUGGAGGCCAACACACAUUAUCACAAUGACCUGGAAGAGGAGACUCAGUUCCUCAGAGACUCAGGUGAGGUUAAACAUAUACUAGAAGAGAGUAAAGACCACUAUGAACAGCCUGAGAAAAGAAUGAGCAGUCUGAAAAGCAAUCCUGGAGAAAAUCAUAAAUAUACCACUAUCAAACAGUUAAGGGAGGCUGUGGAGAGACUCAAGAAAAAGAAGGCUUAUGAUGUCCAAGACCAGAUCUUCAAGAUGGCCAAAGAAAACAAUGACACCAAGGCUAAAUUAUUUCAGCAAGCCGACUCAAUCAGGAUGCUGUCGAUGAACAAAGCUUCUCUGAGGGUAAACACACAUCAUCACAACACCUUGGAGGAGAAAACAACUCAGCUCCUCAAACUCAUAUACAGGACUAAAAAAAUACUAGAGAAUGACAACCACUGUGUGCAGUCUGAGAGACAAACUGCAUGUCUGAAGAGCAGUCUGGAAGAAAGGGAUAAGAAUACCACCAUCACAGAGUUGAAAGACGGUGUGGAGGGGUUCAAGAAGAAGAAGCCUGCUGACCUCCAAGAUCAGAUCUACAAGAUGGACAAUGAAAAGAACACAAGGCAGCAUGCUAAUUCACUAAAAAUGCUGCCAAUGAGUAAUACUUUUCUGGCGGUAAACACAAACAAUCACAGUGACCUGCAGGAGAGGACAACUCAGCUCCUCAAACUCAUUAGCAGGACCAAAAGAAUGUUAGACAACAAAAACCAUUAUGUGCAGCCUGAGAGACAAAUUAUAAUGGCUAAGAAUACCACCAUCAAACAGCUGAAGGACACUGUGGAGAGACUCAAGAAGGAGAGGUUGGGACUGUCUCUGACAGCACUUGAAAAAGAAGAAUUAAAAAUGAAAGCCAACAAGAUAGCAGAGGAGUGGAACAGUCCAACGAUGGACCUGAGCAGACACAGUCAGGCUGAGGGUGGAUUCAGAAGAAUGAAAGAAAAGGUGGAAGAUCUAGCAGAGAAGAAGGUGGAGAAGGCAGUGUCUUUCUGCAGCCAAUUAGAGAAUGUGAACUGGGAGAUUAAGAAACAGCUGACCUCCCCGAAGAGGUCCCGCUGCUGUAGCGUCCAGCUGGAGAGGAGUAAAAUGCAACCGUGUGAGGACCUGUUCCCCAACCACCUAAGGGCAGAUAAUCUGGUGCAAGUGAACCUGCAGUUCCAGACAGCUAAUCAAAAAGCAGGGGAUCAGAUCAAAGUGACUACUAGUAAGCCUCAUGAGUUGGAACAGAACAUCCAAAGGCUAGAGAGGGAACUGGCCCGUGCCUGCUCCAUGCAGUAUGAUAGCCUUGAGCGGACAACAACAAAACAGAGCUGA